CGAAGGCUUCAACAAAACAAGGACACGCUUGAACGAAGGAUGCGAGUCGCAAGUUGGUUAAAUUUUUUGUUUCCGUCGGUACGAUGCGCAAGGUUUUGCCAAUUUUGAGUCGGUUUAAAGAAGGAAUAGCAGCAAUGGUCAUACGUGCCGCCUGUUUUGGGGCCGACUCGGACGCAAUUAUCGGCACACGAGCAUGAUCAAAUUCAGCGCGCUCAACUCCAACGACAGUUCCACACCGGAAGACGGAGAUGUGGUGUCUGUGGUCACCAGGGAGGCGCAAGAAGAGGAAGCCUUCGGACUGUACCGCAAGGCCCUCGGGCAAGUGCAGCAAGAGAACUUCAGCGAAGCCCUUGCCACCUUCAAGGAACUCCUGUUGCUUCCGUUCGUCCACAAAGCCAGCUCCGACGACGGUAAGGGUCCGCUUUCGCCCGCGCUCUCGCUCAAGUACGUCGCCCUCAAAAACCUCGGCUCCAUCCAACUCCAGUUGGGCGACGCUCGGAGCGCGGUCGAAGCGUACCUGGACGCCGUCGAGAUUGACUCGAGUGACGUCACCGUCUGGUUCAAGAUGGGGAAGCUGGCCCUGACGCUACACCUGUAUCCUCUUGCUAGGAUCUCUUUCGAAGAAGGCCUUAAGUGUAGUCCCAAACAUUGGCUCUGCCUGAAUAACCUGAUGACAGUUUUGUAUGCUCUCAACGACUACCAGACGUGCUUGCAUUACAUCGCAAGGGCGUUGAAGCUCGACCCAGGCUACACAAAAGCCCUUGCACUGAGAGAUGCCAUCUAUAAAGAGCACCCCGCCCUCUCAAACAAUGAGUUCUUCGGGGACUGUGAUCCAUCCGUCUUCACGUGUGCUGCCACGGAAGCGGAGGCGGCGGAAGUGGUCAAGGAAGCGCUCGCCCUGAGGGAAAAAAGGAGGGAGCUUUACACCCCGGGAAAACUGGCCGUCCUACCUCUGCGUAAAAAGAUGAGGGAGUUCACCUGGGCAGAGCUGGGACAAGCGCUGCUUGACUUGUAUGAGUAUAUUGCAGCCGUUAGGGAGGACGGUCAAGUAUCACUAGCUUGCAGGGUUGAUCUUUGUAAAAGCGACGCAGAGGGGAAGGGUUUGCUGGGGGCCAUGGACGUUGUUAAGAAGGAGUCGCCGACUGACAGUCUGCAGCAGACCAGCGGUGGGAAUUCCACGGGCGACUUGGUGAUCUGCAUCAAUCCACCGAGCGAUCCGACGUCACAAGGGGAGACGGAAAUGCCUCAAACGGAACAGAACAAUCCUGGAACACUGCAGCCGAUGGAGUUAGGCGGACUGGCCGAACAGCUGACGGUCAUCACGCGGGAGCCAGCCACACCCGAGGAGAUUGGCAUACCACGAAACGCAAUGCCUGGGAGCAGACGGGGUGGGAAGCGAAAGAGGCUUUCCCUGGAAUACCUCGAUCCGUCGCUGAAGCGGAGGUCGGCGAGGGUUCGUAACACGCUCCGGAAGACACAAGAAAGUGUCAAUUACCAAGAGCUCCUGACUCCCUUUCUUCCAUCAAGCCUGAUGAGCGAUGGUAAAGACGACAGGGAGGACAGCAUACCAAACUGCUCGGACUUGAACAGUGACCACACCUACGGGAUGACUCCCAACAACAGCCUCCAGGAUGACAGCACUAAAGUUGUCUGCGACAGCGACACCAUUGAGAAGAUGGAGUCUGAAUCGGUGCAGAAGUUCAUCAGCGACCAUAAGGACAAAUUUGACUUGAUGGACCUAAUGUACAACUACCUUCACGAACUUAGCAUUCGAAAUCACCUCCUCUGGCCCACAACCCUUCGUUCUAUCUUCGUUCGCGUUUACGAGAACCUGCGGUCACACAUCCAGAGGCCCUCCAUUUUUGCAGAAGAGGACGAGGCCGAGAGCAUCCGUCGGCACGGCUUGUCCACAUUAGUUUAUUGCGAGCUGGUAAUGGACAAAAUUGUCGUAGUAAAGGCACAGGCAUCCCCAUCUAUCUCACCGCGGAGCCCCGGGAAUCAACUCGGACCAGACUUCCCGAGCACCCAGUUUGCAGCAGACUUGGAGUUCCUGGGACAGAUGUCAGUCCGCCAGGGUGUUUUUAAGGAGCUGUGGCUUUCGUUCGCUUUGCGGUCCUUCUGGGCGGAAGCCCGCUUCCAAAUGCUCAGUGGUGAGACUGAGUCUGCAGUGCAGACACUGGAGGACAUCCUCAGGUAUAUCGACCAAGAGAGCAAGCCCAACAGGGGCCCCAUCAAGGUCCAGAUCAUCAACUGCAAGAUGAACCACACCAUUACUCGAGAGAUAGUUCAGGAACAGUUGGAGUCCCUGCAGAGGUGCCAAUCUCUCGAGGAGGUUCAUCGACUCUUUGAACAGGGCCGGUUUCAAGCAGUGGCAGACCUUUUGAUCCAGACAUUCAAAAAGCCGGCGUCGAGGGGACGCAAACUGCACGCCAAGGCAAACAUUCCUGAACGUCACGCCCAGCUGAUCCUCCUUCAGGAGUCGCUUUGGAACCUGAAGAACUACCAGAGCUGCCUGAAGUGGGGAGAGGCUUCGCUGAACGAAGCACUAAGCGAAUUUCUGUCUGCGGCGACCGCGGGGCUCAAGUUUGACUGGUCUAAUACAAUUGUGAUUGUGCUCUCAGACAUUCACCGUUGCAUCAAGCAAGAAAAGGGUUUAUUGGGUUGUUUAGACAGCACCAAGCUUACAAGGAUGGCCCAUAACAUCAUCAAGCUUAUCAAUGUCCAGAUGGAUGUCGGCGACUCGUGCAUUGAAAUGGCGAUCCCAACCGUUCUUUCGUGGAACAUUCUGUAUUACAUACUCAAGUAUGAAGAAGACAAGAUACAGUCUUUGGCAGCUCGCUCUGACAACAAGGAUGAGCCUGAAAAAGGGUCAGGGGAAAAGAAUGGUAACGUUGACCUGAGUGCAGUCAUGCCAUCCUCUUUGAUGCUCUUGUUCACGGCACACGAGUACUUGGGAAGACGGUCGUGGUGCACAACAUCAGACGGCGUUUUGCUUUUUUUGUCUAUCGACGUAAUGACAAGGGAACUCGCUGGAAAUCCAGCCACUGCACAUGCAUUCAAGGAAGACCUCACAAAUGGCAUUGAGCAGUGCUUCUACUGUCUCUACGGGCACCCCAGUCGACGAGGGAAGGUGAAGCACCUACAGGAACACAAUUCGAGGCAAGUCAGCUUAAGCUGGGAGCGGACGAAGCAGGUGUUUGAUUUCUUCAAGCCUUCCAUCAUGCCCGAGUUUGAUAGCUACCGUACCAGCACAGUUUCAUCCGAGUUGGAGGUUCUCCUCAAGCGAAUUGUAUCUAUGGUUCCACCAGAGCAAGACCCUGCUGCUAAUCUUGAUGGAGUUGUUGCUUACGUAGAUGGAGGAACUGACAAGCUUCCCAGCCUUCCCAGCAGUGACACCUUCAGUCCAGUGGUACAGCAGGUUUAUUACCUCCUUGGGGACUACUAUUUCAAAAACAAGGAAUUUGGAAAAGCAAUUCGUUAUUAUAUGCUGGAUAUCUGCAUCAACCCCAAUCGGCUAGACUCUUGGGCUGGGAUGGCACUGUCACGGAGUGCGCAGUUGGAGCAGCGUAUCAAUUCCUGCGAGCCAAAGAAUGAAGGGACCAUCUCGAAGAGGUCAAUUUCAUCACUGCGUUGCUUCAAGCAUGCCUUGGAAGUUGAUCCCGCCAAUGCAUCCCUCUGGAUAGAGUAUGGAUCACUAGCGUACAUGCUUCAGUCACACAUAUCUCGACAGCUGAAGCAGAGCAAGCAGUUUGGGCUCGGUGACGAAGCCAUAGAAAGCCUGACCUCAAAGAAGCGGGAGCUUUUGGAGACGGCCAAACACUGCUACGAGUCUGCGAAUCGCUGCGAAGAGGAUGGAACAGGCAAUGACGAGAUGUGGCUGAACCACUAUCUUCUUGGAAAAAUCACCCACAAAAUGGGUCGCCCCCCAAAAGUCUACCUGAAGCAUCUCUGGUUGUCCAUGGAGCACUUGCACGACAUCGGUGCACGGUACCCAAAAAAGAUACAGUACCACAGUCCACCGCCGCUUUCGAUUGAGGCACUUGAAUUGUACUACAAGAUUCAUGCCUUUUGCAUGAAGUACCUGCUAAAGUACGAAGAGAGGUUGGCACCAAAGCACGAGCUGAAGGUAAUCUGGAAGUACAUUCGAAAGGCCGGAACCAGUCCUUUUGCAGACUGCCGGGAGAUGACCGAGGAAACUGCGCCAUCUCGUUCACCUAGUCCAGUUGAGGACGACGAACCUACCAUCCGAAGAAACCCCAAGAAGAGGGGACUGGAGACUGACCACGACUAUUUCCACCACAAGAAGCACAGCAUUGGCAGUCGAGAUAAUCCUAUUUCGGUCGACUCCCCUCCCGAAGGCGACCCUGAAUUGACGAUAGUCAAAGAGAUCCUGGACUGUCUGGUGACUGUUGUGAGCGAGAGGUUGGAGGCCGAGGCCAAGCAGAAGGUACCUGCAGCUGUGGCGCAGCCUAGGCCCGAAUUGAGGCAAGUGCCGCGAGAAUCCAAGGAGAACACUGAACUGGAAGCCCAGAAGGAAUCGUUGCCAGAGGCCAAAUGCAGACAUUCCUUUGGAGACGCCAGUGACAGCUGGCCAAAGCGUGGGCGUAGCUCUAGUGCACCCAGACCCUCCUCAAGCGCAAGGAAAGAAGCAUCCAACGACCAGGAUCCCCUUAGCAUACUUCCAGAACCCGAGAGGAAACAAAGACUGCUCAAAUUCUGCGUGCAUGCCAUGAAAGAGUGCCUGGGUCGCUUUCCGCAGCACUUCAAGAGUCUGCAUUACUUGGCCCGCUUCUACAGCCAAUCCAAGUACGCCUGCAACCUCCAGCUAGCGUAUGACUACCUCAUGGACUCCGGACAGAAUCGAACGGACAUGCCGACGCCGGGCCUUUUCGCAGAGCGUAAGAACACCAACUUCUUCACGGGCAUCUGGCACACUCCCGGCGACGAGAUUGAUCGACCGGGCAGCUUUGCUACCCACAUGUUCCGCUCGAUCGUGCUCCUGAUCGAUAUUCUCGAACGACGGAAGGACAUAGACACGAUGGCCUAUCUGGUGGUUCAGCUGAGCCGAAAGCCGGAGAUUGAGAAGAAGUACCUGCGGGAUGUUGACCGGGAGUACCUGGCGCACAAGGUGUUCAAAACCGCCAUGGGUAUGGCCAGCAGUCGCCUGGACGGGCUCAUGAAUGAGGAGCCUCCGCCCGACGAACACGUGCUGGUGGCCGCCCUCCUCACUGUAUACAAGACCUGGCAGGUUUUCCAGAAGGCAGGCGUCUUUCAGGACGAGGCUGGGGAGGUCCUGGCCGAGUCUUACAAGCUGUUCAAGCUCGGAGAAGUAGAUUCUUCGCCGCCUAUCCUGGACCAAGCCACCAUGUUCUGUGGCCGCUGCAUUCACAAGGAGACUCUUCGGGCCAUGGACUCUGCUCUAAACCAGGACAUGUUUGGUCAGGAGCCUGGGAGGCCUUCCAUAGAUUUUUACUCUCCUGGACCUCUUUGAAGUUUUGUUCUGCGUGCACAAGUUGAGGUGGAAAUAAUAUUUAAAAAAUGCCACGCCCCUUUUCUUUUUUUUUUUGAAAGAGGCAUACAGUUGGAUUUUGGUAAAUAAAUGUGUCGACUGCUA